AUGCAACACUUUUCGAACGUGGAUACCUACGAAAGGCAAUCCCUAGACGUGUCACAUGGGUAUGAUCAAGUGCCUCAAAGAGCUUCACCAAACUCCUAUGAUUACGGCCAUGUUCGCGGGGAGUCGCCCUAUUACGACGAAGCCUCAUCGCGUCGGCCGCCAGAUUCCUACGCAGCAGGCAGGAAGCAUGAGAGGCACCCGUAUCAACCAUACAAUCACUAUGUGGAACACGACAGUUCUGCUGGCAACGUCGGCUACGGACGCGACGAGAUGGCGCCUCCUCCCCCACCUCAUCACCCUAACAACUUGCCAGCAUACAAUCAGAGCCCGCCCCGAGGCGCGCAAGGCCAACUGUACGCUCAUCAUGUUGCCCAAAGCAACAUCACACCAGGGGCGGACAACUUGAGUGACUUUGCGGCUGGGGGGGUCACAGGUAUUGCCUACAACGUCACUGACCGAAAUGCCAGGGAGAGCGGCGUAGAUGGGAUGGGAGCAACAGGCCAGCUGCCUCCACCGCCAUCAAGAGCUCCCAACUCUACUUCUUCCAACAUUGGGUAUCGUAACUCACAGCCCGGUGGUCACGCGCUGGAGACUAUUUACAAGCACGCCCCAGGACAGCAUCAACUACCAGACGAAAAUUCUGGGUCCAGCACCAAUCCGUUUGGCACCCCCUCCGCCAAUCAGUCGCCAGCAAGAAGCAUGCGAAGCUUUGGUGCCGAUUCUUAUGUGGAUGACCCUUACCAAGGAAUGAAUGCCUCACAUAGAUAUCACGAAUCCAGCCUCGGGAUGUUCAAUCCCAACGAAAUUGCUGACGACGGUGACGAUGGCUUGCGAUACGGACGAACUAGCCAGCGGAAUUCAAUGCUAAGUCUACCUCAAUCAGAAAGAAAAAAGUCCGUUGUCGGCGCUGCCGCUGCGGCAGCAGGUGGCCCUGGGACAGUGGGUGCUUGGAGCCGCGGUGGUCAAAAUCGCAAUGAAUCCGAGUUUGCGCACGAGACGGCUGCAAACUUUGAAGGAGACGACGGGGAGAAGAAGGGUCGUGGCAAGAAGUGGAAGUGGCUCGUCAUCAUAGUCGUUUUUCUGAUAGUUGCUGCCGCCAUUAUUGGAGGCGUCGUCGGCAGCAUGAUUGCAGGGGCCAAGAAGUCUGACGGUAAUGGCAACGGCCAGUCAGCCGAGGACGACACGAAGCAAAAUGGCGACAUCGACAUCAACAGCAGCGAGAUCAAGGCGCUCUUGAACAACAAGGACUUGCACAGGGUAUUUCCAGGAAUGGACUACACGCCCCUCAACACACAGUAUCCCGACUGCUUGCACAACCCGCCGUCGCAGAACAACGUUACUCGCGAUGUCGCGGUGCUCAGCCAGCUGACCAACAAGAUUCGCCUGUACGGCACCGACUGCAACCAGACACAGAUGGUCAUUCACGCCAUCAAUAAUCUGAAGAUGACCAAGGACAUGAAAAUCUGGCUUGGCGUGUGGCUGGACGGCAACGCCACGACCAACGCACGGCAACUAGCACAAAUGUGGGACAUUGUCGACCGGUACGGCGCGGAUCCCUUUGAAGGCGUGAUUGUCGCCAACGAAGUCCUUUUCCGCAAAGAAAUGACGGUUACCCAGCUGGGCACAAUCCUGGACGACUUGCGAGCCAACUUUUCCGGCAAAGGGAUCAAAUUACCGGUGGCAUCAUCAGACCUGGGCAACGACUGGACAGCUGGGCUGGCGGCCAAGAGCGAUUACAUCAUGGCCAACAUUCACCCCUUUUUCGCCGGCGUGGCGCCUGAGAGGGCCGCAGCAUGGACGCUCAAUUUCUGGGAGGUCAAUAACAAGCCGUUCUGGAAGUCUGACCAGUCGAGAAACAUCAUCUCGGAAACAGGGUGGCCGAGCGACGGCGGAAAGGAUUGCGGUGGGUCGCCAGUCUGUGACUCGUCUACCCCUGGCGCCGUAGCCAGCAUCGACGGCAUGAAUCGCUUCAUGAGUGACUGGGUCUGCCAAGCGUUGGCAAACGGCACGCAGUAUUUCUGGUUCGAGGCGUUUGAUGAGCCAUGGAAGAUUCGUUAUAACGAGAAGAACAAGGAAUGGGAAGACAAAUGGGGAUUGAUGGACGUCAACCGCAAGCUCAAGCCGGGUGUCAAGAUUCCGGAUUGCAACGGAAAGACGGUCUGA